UAUUUGGGUUGGAGGGAAAGGGGGGAAAAGGCGGUAGAAGAAACAAAGGGAGGGAAAAGAGGAAAAAAGCUAUGCGAUUUCGUUGGUGUUGGUGCCGGCGGCGACACUCGGGGAGUAGAGGUCCGGCGGCUUCUAAUGCUCUGCACAAACCUAGCCAGGAAGAAGAAGGUCGUUAAUGGCCUUGCAAUUGCAAAUGAGUUGGCAACCGAGUUUACUGAGUCAGAAGCGGCGAAAUGGCCCCCCUCUCGGUCUCAGAAACCUAGGCAAUACCUGCUACCUCAACAGCGUCCUUCAGUGCCUCACUUACACCCCUCCCCUCGCCAAUUUCUGCCUUCGAAACCAGCACUCCUCUCUAUGCGAUUCUGCUUCCUCCAACGCGGAGCGAAAGCGUGAAUGUCCGUUUUGUAUUCUGGAAAGGCGUAUAGUGAGGUCUUUGAGCUUGGAUCUCACCUUGGACUCGCCUCUCAAGAUCCAGAACUGUCUCAGGAUCUUCGCCGAGCACUUUCGCUUGGGCCGCCAGGAGGACGCCCACGAGUUCCUUCGUUAUGUCAUCGACGCUUGCCACAACACCUGCCUCCGCUUGAAGAAGCUGCGUCGAACUGGGGGAGGUGUGAGUGGAAGCUCCACGGUGGUGAAGGAGAUUUUCGGGGGUGCCUUGCAGAGCCAGGUGAAGUGUUUAUCUUGUGGAAACGACUCCAAUAAGGUUGAUGAGAUAAUGGAUAUUAGUCUUGAUGUUUUGCAUAGUAGUUCUCUUAAAGAGGCAUUGCAGAAGUUCUUUCAACUGGAAGUUUUAGAUGGCAGUAAUAAGUACAAGUGUGACAAUUGUAAGAAGUUGGUGGUGGCGAGGAAGCAGAUGUCUAUACUUCAAGCACCGAAUACUCUUGUCGUCCAAUUGAAGAGAUUUGAAGGCAUAUUUGGUGGUAAGAUUGACAAGGCCAUUGCGUAUGAGGAGAGUUUACAACUUUCAAAUUUUAUGUGCAAAGGAAGUCAGGAUCCACGUCCAGAGUACAAGCUCUUUGGUACCAUAGUGCAUUCAGGCCUUUCUGCCGAAUCUGGGCACUAUUAUGCAUAUAUCAAGGUCUAUGUGGACCAUAUUCAUAUAAAGCCUACUAAAUCUAAAACAAGAUCAGAUCCUCACAAGGAGGUCUUGUCAGAGAAGGUGUAUAUUCUCUUUUUCUCUCGUACAAACCAAAGGCCAGUAACUGCGAAUGCAGCUCUUGGUUCAAAUGGUGUAAAAUGUCAUGAAGGUAAUGGCAUUGAAGCAUCCAAAAUCUCAAAACCUUCUGCGGUAACUAAAGCAGCACAGACAAAAUCCCAUGUUGAGCAAUCUUCUCGGAAAGAACUUUCAAGUCUAUCUAAGGUAGAAAAACCAACUUUCAGUCAGCGAGGAAAAUCUUAUAUGAAUGGACAUUCUAAUUCUGUACAAGCUCCUUCCACCAUUAAUGGGAAGAUAGUUCUUGAGAAGGAUCAAUUCAUCAAGGAGAACGAGAAAGAAAAUGUAAACUCGUUGCAUUUGGAAAAUGGUGUGAGACAUAAAUCUUCUCUUGGGAAUGGAAAUAGCAAGAAAAGUAAUGAAGUUGCUGAUGAUGUCACUGAGAGGGAACGUAAAUCUGUGUUAAUGAAUGGUAAUGGUAAUUGCGAGAGUGUGGCAAUGAAAGAAGAUAAAUAUGAUCAGUGUAAUGGUAAUCCUAUGAAUAACAAGUUCACUGCAGGAAAUGGGUCUGGUCAUGAUGAAGUGGAUAAUGCAGUCAACUGCUCCUCUGAGAUCAAAAUGGCAAAAAGAAAAUCAGACCUCUGUAUCUUGUUUCAACAGGAUGCUCUAUCUCGAAAAAGAGUUGGAGAACUGAAAGAAGAUCUCAGGAGAGAAACUUUCUCAGUUUUAAGAACAUGCGGUUGGUCAAAGGAGGUCUUCAGUUGCAUGCGUUCAAGGAAGAGACUGUGUUUACGAGAAAUGGGGAGCACUCCAAGUAGUAACGAUUUAAAGAAAUUGCUGAUUGCAGAUGCCAAGCAAAAGUUUAUUUCACGGAUACCAGAAGCUCUAAAAGAGGACCUUAUAAAAAAGCUUCAAGUAUUUAGUCAAGAAAAGUAACCUGGAAGGGUCUCUUCUCUUUGAAUGCGGUAGCUGUGCUGAGAAACAAACCUUAUGCCGGUUCUUGAUGUAGAUCCAUAUAUACUAAGAGAUGCCGUCACAAUCUAUAUAACAAAAUUCAUUCUGUUGUAACUGGCCCCUUUGAUGGGAAUGGAAUGUCCUGGGGGUGAUAUAAGAAGAAUAUGUCCAGUUCAAGCAAGCAUUAGCAUCGCUGGGAAUUAGUCCUUUAAUGCCCUCAAUCCCCUGCCACGGAUUUACCAUUAAUCUUGUGAAGAACUGGGAUCACCAAUGCGCAUGAUUGAAAUUUCUUUAUGCCGCGAGGCUGCACAACUGGCAGCAGUCAUGGCAGAGAAGAAAGUUCAGGAAUUCUAUUCGAUUUUGUAUAAUAUCCUUUUUGGUAGGAGUUUUGGUUACAAUCAUUAAAAAAAAAAAAAAAAAGUAUAGGCAGACUGCGGGAGAAAUACAUAUCUAUGGUUUCAUUGAGAUAGCAUUUAUUUUACCAUGUAAGUCUGUUUUUGAGCAAUCUAUUUCACCCCACAUUUGAUUCUUGUACCUGACUCAGCGCGAUAGAAUGACACCGUUUGCCCUUGCUGCUGCACCCCCUACAGUUGGAAAUAUUUGGAGCGGCACUGCUUAGAAAGGGUUUGAUAGUAUUUGUUAAUUUUCAGUUUGACUGCCAUGUAUCUCUUUCGGUUUUUUUAAUGCCUUCUCACUUUACUAUGAAUUUUUAUACAUCCAUAGUGGAGCUAAUGCAGAGUUCUGUGGCAAAC